UGACAUCUCCAUGUGAGAAAGGCUAUAGGCAGGCAGAUGAGCGACGGGAGGAGGAUCGACCUCCAUUAACCAUCUUCAACAAUGAGUUCGGUGACCCUUUCCCCAGCUUCAACUACAUCACCCGGAAACCCAUCCGUUUUCUACCGGAACAGAACCAGGACGACCAAAACCACCCACCCUAAAUGUCGGACCAGAACCAGAUUCAGGGCCAAACCCCUACGUGCAGCGCUGGUUGAGGAAGCUAGACCUCGCGCUUUGCCUUCGGUUAGAGGUAAUAACAAUAUUAAUGGUGUCGUCUCUUCCAUAGUGCCGGCUUCCAAGAGUAGAGAAGAUGAUAUUCAAGCCGAAACCAAAGCUUUGGCUCGUGCCUCCAACGCUUCCGUCUAUAGUCCUGAACUUCUUAAAUUAAAUUACGCUUCUCGUCCCUUCAAGGUGCUACGGAGGACUCUUCAGAUUCUGAUUGGACUCGGUUCGUUUGGAUUGAAACUCUGGAUAGAUCAGUUGCAAGGUCAGCUUGUACAGAACAGAAGAUCGCGAGCUAUCGAGUUGAGGGAGACUUUCACGAGGUUAGGCCCUACUUUCGUUAAACUUGGUCAGGGUCUCUCCACCAGACCAGAUCUUUGUCCACCUGAAUUCCUUGAAGAACUCUCUGAACUCCAGGAUGCUUUGCCAACAUUCCCAGAUGCAGAGGCAUUUGCUUGCAUUGAAAAAGAGCUCGGAGUCCCACUUGAUUCCAUUUACUCAUCCAUAUCAACAUCUCCUAUUGCUGCAGCCAGUCUAGGUCAAGUUUAUAAAGCUAAACUCAAGUAUACUGGGCAACUUGUUGCUGUGAAAGUACAGAGGCCUGGUAUUGAAGAAGCCAUUGGGCUAGACUUUUACCUCAUUAGAGCUCUUGGUUUACUUAUAAACAAAUACGCAGACAUAAUAACCAGUGAUGUUGUUGCUUUAAUCGACGAAUUCGCACGAAGAGUCUAUCAAGAACUCAACUAUGUACAGGAGGGACAAAAUGCUAGAAGAUUCAAGAAGCUAUAUGCUGACAAAGAAGAUGUUCUUGUUCCAGACAUCUUCUGGGAUUACACGAGUGGGAAAGUUCUAACCAUGGAAUGGGUUGAAGGGGUGAAACUAAACGAACAAGCAAUCAUCGAAGACCCCCACCCUGGUAAUCUUUUAGCAACCCCAGAAGGAAAACUUGCUUUUCUUGAUUUUGGAAUGAUGAGUGAGACACCUGAAGAAGCAAGAUUUGCAAUCAUUGGUCAUGUUGUUCAUAUGGUUAAUCGCGAUUAUGAAGCCAUGGCUCGUGAUUAUUAUGCUUUGGAUUUUUUAUCUCCUGAUGUUGAUGUCACCCCAAUUGUCCCAGCACUUAGAAACUUUUUUGAUGAUGCGUUGAAUUCUACAGUGAGUGAACUCAAUUUUAAAACCAUUGUGGAUGGACUCGGUGCUGUUCUUUAUCAGUAUCCAUUCAAUGUCCCUGCUUACUAUGCAUUGAUAUUGAGAUCACUAACUGUUCUAGAAGGUUUGGCACUUUAUGCGGAUCCUAAUUUUAAGGUUCUAGCAGCUUCGUAUCCUUAUUUUGCAAAAAGGCUGCUCACAGAUCCGAAUCCGUAUCUAAGAGAUGCCCUUAUUGAGUUGGUAUUCAAGGAUGGAAAGUUGAGGUGGAAUAGGCUUGAAAACCUGCUAGUGCAGGGGAAAAUGGAUAGGGAUUUUGCAGCAAAAGAUGCAUUGCAGCCUGUUUUGAAACUGGUGUUGGGUCCUGAUGGGGAGGAGUUGAGGAGUUUGGUUAUUAAAGAGGCUAUUCGGGUGACCGAGGCGAUUACUAUCGGAACUGUAAUUGAUACCUACAAUUCCAUUCCGGGGCCUUUGAGGAGUUUUCUCCCGAAUGGGAAUGGAAUUGGGACGACGGGUCUCAGUGAGGCUGAAAUGGAGAGCAUGUUGGAGCUGAGAGAACAAGUUUUGAGGAUUUGGGGGCUUUUACGCGCUUCUGAUAAUUUUGAUCCUAGUGUCCUACAGCCAAUUAUACAGGUUCUUCAAGAACCAGAGGCUAGAAAUCUUGGAGGGCGUGUAUUUGGGGGGAUUACACAGCGUCUUGCUGCACGUCUUUUGCAACAAGUUCUUCGUUCCCCAACACCAACACCAGCACUUCGUGCACCAACUUUAUAGCACCACAUUCUUUCAAUGUGUAUAAUCUUUAAUAAUAAUAGAAAAAAAAAAUAAUAACUAAAUACACACUUCAUUUUCAUUGUUUGUAAAUUUGGAUAUUUAUGCCUUUUGUACAAACAAGUUAAUAAGUUAUCCCUCAUAUUUAAUAUAAUACAAAGCCAAUCAAAUCAUUCAACCU